GGUUUCCACAGCGCGGCUCUUCCGGUGGAGACGUGGCUCUGCGCUGCUGCCAUAUUGACGCUAACUAGCUAACAAUCACACAACUUGUAGUCAGCUCAAUAUUCCCACCGUGCCGUUCUUGAGUGAAUACGCCUCAUCAAAGCGAGACAAAACGAGACACAGAGGAUCGUGGUGACCAAAAUGGUAAGUGACGGUCGAAAAUAUGCACAUUUCUUUGGCUUUAAUCGGGCCUUAGAAAUGAUCAUAACACUGGCUAACAUGAAGGUAGCUCAGCUAAGUGGUAGUUAACCAGGUCCCCUAGGAGCGAUAUCUGGAAAUAUUGCACUUCACGUGGCUGACAGUGUUACACAGUUGUUGAGUUGCUAAACUGGGGAUAUUAAUCGAUCAUAUUUUUAUGUUAGAAGCUGAAAAUGUAAGUGAGUAGGCGGAAAAUGAAUGUGCAGACAUUGCUGACGUUAACUCAGCGUUAGCAUUAGCUCCUGUCACUGAUCCGGGCUAACGUUACCUGCUGUCAAAUAGAAUAGACUCAGUUUUGCAAUUUUAUUAUUAUAUACAUGUAUAUUAGCAUGUUGAUACACUAUUAUCUGCAGUAAUAUGUGUCCUAGAUGGUCGCUGUCGUGUGGAUCUGUCGUAGUCGAUCAUUCAUUUCUAACUUUAGCUCAUUGUCAACGUGGAAUAACUGCACUUCCUUAAUCCACAGACCUGAGUGGAAUAAAAACUUAAUUUACGUUUAAAUUCAUGUAUACGAUCUAAUGUAAAUGUGAACUAUUACUGCUCCACUGUCCGUGUACUUUUUGCUGAACAGCCAAGACCAAAAUCACUUUCGUAAUGACUCCGAUCAAUAUUAAAAUCAAGGUGAUCAAUUCCAGGUAGGGUAAUUGGAUGACUUAUUUUAAUCCUGAUGAAACAGUGUCUGGAUUUGGAAAUUAUGUUAUAUUAAUAUGGUGUACAAUAAGAUCUUGACUUUUAGAAAGAGGUAAGAACAACUCAUCCAACACGUGAGCUUGUUAAUAGUUUUUAGUUAACAUUUUAACUAUUAACCUGAUAAUUAUGUAUGAAAAUAACAGGUAUGUCCAUGUCAAUGCCCCCUAAUAGUCCAAAGGUCCGUCUCCCCUCGUGCUGCAUGAUCCAAUUCCAGUGAGAAAAUUAAUACACUAUAUCCACAGAGGUAGAUAUAUCCCUUCACAUUCACAGUGGCUGUCUGAUCUUGUUUAACUAGUGUAGGAUCCAUCAUACUAUUUAAGAGCAGGGCUUGAGAUUGUCUUUCUUCUCACUACGUAAAUGAUCAUUAAGAUGGAAAUCCAGCCUGUUUUGUGUUUCAGAUCAUUUGGCUCAGCAACAAUCAGCUCCUCUGGCUCACAAACGGUUUCACUUGGGUUCCAGAGGCGCGUCAAUUUGUGACGAACAAAUCACAAAUUCUGAAGUUUGGCAUAAAGGCUGUUUGCUGCCACAGCCAGUCAGAUAACACAGAAAUUACAACACUAAAGAAAACUGAAAUUAAAAGAAGAUAAAGGUUUUAACAAUCUUAUUUCGAUUAAGUUUCUAAAGAGGCAUGUAAUGAUGAACAGAUGUGUGCCCAGCUCUGCUUUUGAAUUUGCUUUUGAAUUCAUCUUGCAAUCCUACAUCUGACCUGUAUUUCCUGCAAGUUUUACAUUCUGGAAGAUUUUAAGUGUCAUCAUUUUUUACCCUGUUAGUCUGCUUAUUAAAAAUAGGGAGAGGUUCAGAGGUUCCUGCAGCACAGAAUUAUGAUGGAUCAGAUCAACAGACAACAGAGGGUUCUUUUUUUGUAUUGAUAUAAUAGUUGAAAAUGAUUCAGUGUAAAUAUUUGCCUCGUUCCGUAUCAUACCCACCUCUGGAAGACAGGAGCUGAAAUGUCAUGACGUUAACAUGACCUUACUGUUGUCUGUUGGUCCUUCAGCAUCACAUACUCUUGACUCUGUUUCUUUCUCUCUCUGCGUCACUGACUUUUUACAGCAAAUAUACUUUUAUCCUUUUUUUUUUUAUCAGUGUUUGUUCUUUAAUGUUUGGUAGUCCCCUUGAACAUCAUGUCAAUAAUCUACAGACACAUGGAUAAAGUGGAAGUUGAGUGACAUUAAAACAGACAUUUGAUCAGGAGGAGGGACAAAUAGACAAUUAAUCAUGGAGUCUGUUGUUGCUGUAACCAGGAGGUCUGUCAGUGAAAGACAUAUACAGCCAGUUGGGCCCCGUUAACAGAAACAAACAGUGACGUCUGCCUCUUAGACACUCUCCUCAUAAGCUGAAUGUGUGUUUUGAGAUCAGCAAAUGCACGUCAGCAGCCAGGGACUCCCUUGCCUGUAGCACAUAAUGCUGUCUGCAGGAAACUGUAUACUUUUCUUCUUCUUUGGCUCUGCCUUUUCUGCUGCACAGGAUUGAUUCAGAUGAAACACCGCCACCACCACACUGGUGUAAUACUGUUAGAAAUGACAUUCAUCGAGUGUUGUUCUUGGGAAAUAGUCUUUGUUAUAAAAACACCUGUCAGUGCUGACAUGGACUUGGGGUGGAACAAAAAGCCACUCCAACCAAGAUUAUGACAGUCUUCUGUUUCCCUCUGUGUGCUUGCCAUAAAGCACUUAGGAUCAGCCAAGUGCUAUAUAAAUAAAGUUGAUUUGAUUUAUUUCAAUUAAAAUUAGGCUGAAACAGCUGUCCCCCACUUAUAUACACUUCUAGAAAAAAACGCUGACUAUUAGGGUUGGGAAGAUAUGCUUUUCCCCCAAUUCAAUUCUUCUAUGAAUUUUUGAAUGCCAAUUCAAUUUAAAUUGCAAUUCUACGAUAUUGUCAAUUUUCUCUAUUUUUAUUCUGCAUUUUUAACACCAGUGAAACAGUUGAAUGAUUAUGAUGGUCUACUGACUAUUCCAGGAACCAUAUUUCCCCCAAAAAUACACAUCACGUAUUGUACGUCAGUUUUUAAGAUUUAUUCUUAAAUUUGAAGGGGGAAAAAAACGAUUUUUCAACAUAAAAAUCAAUUUUAAAAUUGUUAGAUAAAAAAAUCGCAAUACUUAUGUAAAUUGAUUUUUUUCUCCCACCCCUACUGACUAUGGUGGUGAUCUUGGUUGUCAAUGAUGAGACAUUUCAUGGGUCUCUCAUCACAGUUUUUUUACUUCAGUUUAUCAAACUGUCGCUGUCGUUCACUUGUCCACUUAAAUCUGUCACUGUAUGGUUGGCAUCCUGACGUUACUCAUAAGAUCCUCUCAAAGUGGAGAGAAAACCCUCACCCUUUCUGACAGAAAUCAUUUAAUUUUUUAAAACGACAUGUAAACUUGAGGCAUUUCCAAAUCUGUUCUCUUCUCUCAUGGAGAUGUGUUUUGACUUUUACUGAUUUUAUAGACUAUAUCCUCCCUUUACUCUAGCUUUUUUUGUGUGUAUUUCCAAUCCCAUAGCUUGUUAUUACUGAGCUGUUAACAUGACACAAAGUCUUCUUCUUUGCUUUGAACCAAGUUCAAACAUAGUAACAUGUUUAUUAUAGCAGCAAUCAUUUGUUGAAGUUUUUGCUUCAACCUCUUUUUAAACAGGACAGUAAAUUCAACAAGCAAUAAUACUCUGAUAACAUUUCCUCUCAAGACAAUACAAUAACCACUGAUCUGUAACUUGGUAAGACUUGUUCUCCCAAGAAAGUUCCUUCAGCUCUGUGGUGAUCUUGUGUCUUAUAAUAGCUGCACGCCUAAAAUAACUGAAAAUAUAAUCUGCUUACUCCCCAUUGAAGUGGUUCUGGAAUAAUCAGAGAAAUUAUUUUCUAAGUGAAAAAAAAAUACCUGAAGGCUUGUAUAAAUCGACACAAAAAGUGUCCAAAUACUCACCUGAAUUUUCUGAUUAUCCAUAAUUAGGCAGAAACAUGGCCAACUGAAACUAUUCAAAGAGCACAUGACUGUAGAGUCACUUCACCCUCUUGUCCCUUCUUGCAGGUGCUGUUGGCAGCGGCGGUGUGCACCAAGGCCGGUAAGGCCAUUGUAUCACGGCAGUUUGUGGAAAUGACCCGGACACGCAUCGAGGGUCUCCUGGCUGCUUUCCCCAAAUUGAUGAACACGGGCAAGCAGCACACCUUCGUGGAAACAGACAGCGUUCGCUAUGUGUACCAGCCGCUGGAGAAACUGUACAUGGUCCUCAUCACCACCAAGAACAGCAACAUCCUGGAGGACCUGGAGACACUCAGACUCUUCUCCCGUGUGGUGAGAAUCAUGGAGCGGACUUCCUGUUUCUAUCCCCAGAAGUUUGAUAACAUGUUAAAAACCUCACAGUGAGAAUGACUACAGUCCUGAAGCUGUGGAGUUAUAACUCUGAUUCCACAUAAUAUGGGAUGCUAUGUAAAGUGUUAAGUCAGAUUUAGAAGUUUCAACAUAUCAAAUAUGGAAACCAAAAGAGGUGUUUGGGAAAAAAUUCAAGCUAAUUUUGCCUUUUAUGCCAGCAACAUGCUUCAAAAUAAGUUGUGUCAACAUGGAAAACACAGAACAGUUGUGUAAUGUGUAAAAAACAACAAACAAAAGAACCCUCACCAAGAGGAACAUCCCCUAUUAGGGUAAUUUACAACAUAAGUGGGUAUAAAAAGGGCCCUCCAGGAAGACUGGUGCUCGCAAAAGUAAUGAUAAAGAGGUUUACUCAUAGACUGUAUAAAGCAGUGGUUCUCAAGUCCAGUCCUCGAGGCCCACUGUCCUGCAUGUUUUGGAUGUCUCCCUGCUCCAACACACCUGAUUCAAAUGAUUAGCUCGUUAAUAAGCCAUUACAGAGCUUGAUAACGAGCUGAUCAUUUGAAUCAGGUGUGUUGGAGCAGGGAAACAUCCAAAACAUGCAGGACAGUGGGACUGGACUGGACUUGAGAACCAGAGAAUCCCGGAAAUACCGUGAGCUAUUUGGCUUUAAAUCCAUAUAAAGGCGGGAGGCGGAACCAAGUUGUCCAUAGUAUAUACAGUCUAGGAGUACGUCGACACGACAAAUUCAUCGACACGAAAACGAAGCGUCGAGGCAUCGUGUUAUUGUUGUUAAGAAUCACAUGCUGGCGCCUCAUGCUCAUCUAUAACUGCAGUGCACUACAGGAUGUGCUGGGGGCAGUAGCGCUCGCUGUUUACAUCCCGCGAGCAAACACAGAAGAAGAGUGCACACAUUAUGGCAGAACAAACUGAAAAAGACGCUCCAAAACUCCGACCCAAAACUUCAAAAGUUUGGGAACAUUUUACGGAGAACAAACCAAAAAAACACGUUGAUCAAAGCUCAGCUUUCCUACCAUGGCAGGCGAUGCAUGAGCACCUGAAACGCCGACACCCCGAAAUAGGUGAUUAUAAAUAAAGAAGAUAGUGAUUAAUCGUGAUUAAUCAGACGAUUAGUCGAUAGAUUAGUCGACAAAAAAAUAAUCGUUAGUUGCAGCACUAAUACAGUCUACGGUUUUACUACUCUGGGAGACUGUGCAAGCGGAUGAUUCAACAAAGUCAUAACAAUGUUUUUCAGUGUCAAAAGGCAAAUAAUGUACAGAUUCCAUCAUCUACAGAUCACAUAUCAUUUUAGAGUCGGAGAGUUUGGGGAAAUCUCAGUACAGGAGGGUAAAAACGGACACUGGAUGAUUUUCUGGCCCUGCUAUUAAAAAGACUCAGUAGUAGAAAUCACAGCAUGGGCUCUAAAUCACCCCUAAAACAAUGUCUGUGAACACAGUUAGUCACUGCAUCCACAAAUGCAGAUCAGAGGUGUAUCAUGCAAAGAGAAAAACACAUAUUUAGAUGUAUAAACAGGGUUCCUACACGGUCUGAAAACAGCAUUUUUUUACUGUGGUAAUAGUCUGGAAAACUAAAUAUUUUCCCAUACUUUAUUUUUUAUUUACCAUAUUUUUUAAGACCUGGAAAUUGAUCAGAUUACUUCCAUACUUUCCAUACUUGCGUAGGAACCCUGUAACCCUGCAUAAAGCAUCCUGACUCUUCUGGUAUUGAGGUGAAAGAUGACUGCUCUGAAAUAGUAGAUAUUUUUCAUACAUGCCUUUUAAUCAUGCAUGGUAGCAGGUAACUCACUGCAGGCUCUUUAUAAAAACAGUUUUUUCUGCUGUGGUUUGAUGGUCUGUGACUCUUCCACUGUUCCAGAUCCCUGAAUACUGCCGUGUGCUGGAGGAGAGCGAGAUAUCGGAGCACUGUUUUGACCUCAUCUUCGCCUUUGAUGAGAUUGUGGCACUUGGCUACAGAGAGAACGUAAACCUGGCUCAGAUUCGAACCUUCACAGAGAUGGACUCCCACGAGGAGAAAGUUUUCCGUGCUGUCAGAGAGGUGAGAUUCCACGGCUGGGUCUUUUCUGGUUUAUGGGAUACACUAUUGUUGAUUAGUCCUAGGAUGAAAGUCUUUGGAUUUCUAUCUUUCAUCUGUUUCCCCCUGAAGGAGUGUGUAAUCCUGUGAGCUUUAGGUUUAGUAGUGAAGCUCAGCCUGUGGUUAUUUGGAUACAAACUCACUGCCGGUGAUCAAUUCGCUGAGAUCACGCUACACACCACCUCUGCUCAGUCUUUCUAAUCAAACCAGCCUCCCACAGGGUUUAUUAACUUUGCAGUAUACUUUUGUUUUCUUAUAAUGCAGGUUUAUUUCUUAAUAAAGGAGAAAAGCUUAAAAAAAGUGCAGCUGCUGGACUGUUCCACCAUACUUUGUAUUCAGCAGCUUUCCACAGGGCUCUUCUGGGAAACAUCUCCUGGAUAAAAUACUGUCAGACAUUAAAAAAACUCUCUGGUAUUCUGGUCACGCUAUUAUCACUCUUGGGCGUAUGAACACAUUGCAUUAUGAACUGAAAAAUUACACCAAAUUACACUCUGGGAACUACAACUCUCUCAAAGCCUGAAACAAACCACAACCAUCCCUUAAUCCAACAGAUAGUCUCAGUACCUGAACAAACGGAGCUGGUAAUAAUCAAACAUUCAGCUGUGUAAGCUCUCUAACACACACACAUUUACCUUGUGAGCUGGUUCUUGUAGCUAAAUGCUUUCUCUGCUGGAUGACAUGUUUAUUUACACGCUCCGGGCUGAUCUGCCAGCUCGGUGUUUGACAAUUGUCAGAGCCGUGAGUGAAUUAACAAAUUAGACUUUGUAAUUUAGGCAAGGUAAAGGUGUAAUGUGAUUUGUAAAUUUGUUAGUUACUUUCUUUUAUUGAAUUAUUUCAUUCUGUGGUCAUAGUCAGCAGAAAAAUCUGAGGAUCAUGUGGGUUUGGGGGUGUUGUAUUGGUUUAAUUCAACAGGAAGUGGAAGAAAGUUAGAAAUCUGGGUCGCUGUAUUAUUUUGUGGGCCUCUGUUUUUGAUCGUCAUGGUGAUUGUGAUUCAGAGUUCUGUGCAUGUUAUCCUGAGUUAGUGCAGAUAUUUAUUUUGUCAACAAAAGGUGAAGCUCAUUUUUCAGAUCUCAGUCCAACCUGAGCCUCUCAGUGACGUAGUUACACGCAAUUUUUAAAACUAUCUUUUAAGGUGAUGUCAGAAAGCAGCUGACAGCAUUGAACUCAAAGCCAGCUGGGCAGCCUUAGCACAGCUCCCUUAUGUCAUGGCUGUAAAGCUCUGUUGUUUAGGUUUACCCAUAAGAUUUUUUACCCUUCAAAUAAACCACAUUACAUGAUCUCAGCGUUCAGGGCAGAAAUAUUGCACAGCCUUUAGGGAAGGUAAGCGAUAUGCAGUUUGUAAGACAUGUUCUAGAGACAUGUCCCUGAGAGAGGGACUAGGGACUGAUUAAAUCAAAUCAAAUUUAUUUAUAUUGGCACGGAAAAAUUUCCUUUUAACAGGUAGAAACCUUGAACAGAACCAGAGUCAUGCUGGACAGGCACCAAGCCGCUGCUGGGUUGGGGAGGAGAGAGAGAGAGGAGUACCUAUACAUCAGAUCUCUUUGCGUAUUUAAAUAUCACACAGAAAAAAUACAACGAAGCAAUCCAAAAGACUUACAAUAGCAUCUAAAUUAAUACCUUAAACAUCCAUAUCAGCUCUGAUUUUCAAGUUGGUGCAUUUCCUCAGAGUUUUACAUUGUAGGCCUAUUUUGGGACCCCGAAAAAUGGACUUUACAACAAAACACUGAUUCCAAUUUCACACUUUGGAUGCUUUCUUGACCUACAAGGAGCAAACCAGAACAACAGAAAUGUGGUUGCCAUUAAUGCACGCCGCUCACUUUGUUAGCUUCAUCACCUAAAGCAUCAAAUAUUUUGUUUUUUGAUCCACAGACUCAGGAAAGAGAGGCCAAGGCGGAGAUGAGGAGGAAGGCCAAAGAGCUGCAGCAGGCUAGGAGGGAUGCUGAGCGCUCAGGAAAAAAGGUGCCACCUUACGGCGGCUUUGGCAGCGCCGGCAUGACCAGUGUCUCCUCAGGGUCCAUCAUCACAGACAACAUCGUGGAGCCGGAGAAACCCAAGAUCACACCAACUCCAGUCAGGUACCAAACACUUAGAGGUUAACCACAAGAUUUAGUUUUGAUAAGAGGCGUUUAGAUGAUGCUGUACUCUUUUCAUGGCUGAUCUCAAAGGAUGUUUUUUGUUUCUUUUCAGACCAAGUGGACCCAGCAAGGCCCUGAAACUGGGCGCAAAAGGGAAAGAAGUGGACAACUUUGUCGACAAACUCAAGUCAGAGGGUGAAACCAUCAUGCCCUCCACAGGGAAGAGAGGCUCAGAUGUUUCUAAAGUUUUACCACCACCUGUCAACGUGGAGAGGUGCGCACCAAUCACCAUUUAUACCGUCCAGAUCUGCUAAAUUUGUAAACUGAUAAAACUGCUGUUCAUGAAUCUCGUUACAUCAGAUCCAUGCAGAGCUAGCUCUCUCAUGUAUGUAUCAGAAUACCAUCUGAGUCUUGAGUGUAAAGGGUGUUUGUUUCCCUCUCAGUGUACAUCUGCGUGUGGAGGAGAAAAUCACAUUGACAUGUGGCCGUGAUGGCGGCCUUCAGAACAUGGAGGUGCUGGGUCUGGUGACGCUCCGAGUCACAGACGACAAAAACGGGCGUAUCCGUCUCAUUAUCAACAACAAUGACAACAAAGGACUUCAACUGCAGGUGCGUUGAUCACACAUUAUUACAUUUACAUGCCGUGCAACAGUUCAGCUUCAAGUUACAUAACUUAUCUUAACUCAAGACUUUUUUUUCCAUGAGUUUGCUGAAUUUUGCGUCUGUCAUGUCUCCUCAGACACAUCCCAACGUGGACAAGAAGUUGUUCACAGCCGAAUCAGUGAUCGGCCUGAAGAACCCGGAGAAGUCCUUCCCCCUCAACAACGAUGUUGGUGUCCUGAAGUGGAGACUACAGACCACAGACGAGUCCCUCAUACCUCUAACUAGUAAGUCCUGAGACGAGAACCUCGCUGAAUGAGAUUCUGCACUUAGCUACAUCAAUUAAGACACUUGUCUCAUGAGCCUGAUAAAUAUGUCUGUCUUCUUCCUUUGUCCUGCAACAGUAAACUGCUGGCCUUCAGAGAGCGGUAGUGGCUGUGAUGUCAACAUUGAAUAUGAGCUGCAGGAGGAGAGUCUCGAACUCAAUGAUGUGGUGAUCAGCAUCCCUGUACCGUAAGUGUCUCUGCUGGACUGAUGAAUCCAAUCUAAUCCACUGUAUUUAUAUUGCACAUUUUAAGAAAUGUUCAAGUGCUGCACAAUAAAAUCAAAAGAACAAACACUGCAGAAAACAUCAAGAUGAAAUAAAGGCAAAAAACAUUUAAAAUGAAAUAAAAUAAAUAAAAUAAAAACAGAAAAGCACAGAAGAAAUAAAAGUGAUAAAAGGACAGGGAUCACACAACUCUCAUGCUGAGCUAAAAGCCAAGAAAUAAAAACGAGUUUAAAGACGCGAUUUAAAAGUAGAAAGAGUGGGGGAUGAUUUAAUCUGGAGUGGAAAUUCAUUCCAUUAUCCACUCUGUAUACUUCAACACAUACCUGUAAAAGGCAUGAUUCUCUCUGCUUUUAGAACAAACAUUGUUAUGAGCUGUGACCCCUAGUUCCAGGAGUAGACAAUGACUGUACAUAAAAAUUAGUCUAGUCUUGAACUCACUGCUGUCUGCAUCAAAAGCUCAGAGAAAUGACCUCCGGUCCCAGAGGCUGUAGUGUGAACUUGUUGGUGUUACCGUCUGCAGGUCUGGUGUCGGAGCUCCUGUGAUCGGUGAUCUAGACGGAGAGUACAAACACGACAGCAGGCGAAACGUCCUGGAGUGGUGCCUACCUGUCAUCGAUGCCAACAACAAGACCGGCAGCCUGGAGUUCAGCGUCGCCGGGCAGCCCAAUGACUUUUUCCCCAUCAACGUGUCCUUUGUGUCCAAACGCAACUACUGCGACAUCCAGGUGGGUAACUGGAGACAGGUUUGUCCUGUCUAGAACAGCUGAAAACAAUAUUUCAAAUAGAGCUCUUAACCUGAAUUUAUGAUCGGCAUUAAUGUUCGGUUUAAAGUGAACAGCUGAUUGUGUUUAAUCGCUUGUGUUUGUUUGAUUAAUCUGUUGAAUUCAAGGCUGUUUGUUUCCUGUUUUUUUUUUUCCAGGUUACCAAAGUGAAUCACGUAGAAGGCGACAGCCCCGUUAGAUUCUCUUCAGAAACCUCCUUUGUUGUUGACAAAUAUGAAAUCCUGUAAAAAUAUUCAGAAAAAAACAACAACAAAAAAAUCACCAACGGGGAAAAAAAGUCCAAAUCUAUGCUACAGAGAAAGAUUGAAGAUUUUCUUGCCUGCCCACCCUGUCUACUAUUUCAGAGACUGUGUACAUCAACAGGACUUUGCCUCUUCCUGUAGUGUGAGCAGAGCAGCGGUGGUGUAUUUAUAUGUUUGUAUGAGAGAGGAUCAUCUAUAUAUAGAGUUAAUUGAACAGGAAAGCCCAACAAACACACACACACAAACAAGGAAAAACCCACACUGAUGCUGUUGUGUUGGCUGGACAGAACUGUAAAGACUGCGGGGGUCUUCUUCAUCGAUUAAAAACCUGAGACCAGAGGCCACGCUGUCUGCCUCCGCUAGAGAUAAUGAGUAGUUUCGCUUCCUCCACAACCUUUUCUUCUUCACUCUCAAUGGUUCAUCCAUUAAUCUCUAACUGGGGUUCUUCUUGCUUUCUUUAAUUUCAGAGUUUCUUAUUCAUAAUAACUGCAGAAUUGUAGCUGUGUCAAUCAUUGUAAUCCAUUGUGAUUUGAUUAUUGAUAUCUUAUUUCUCUCUCUCUUUCUCUCUCUCGUGAGAAGUUUUUGGUCCUUCUCUGAAUGAAAAUCUGACUCUGUGCUUGGUAUGACGUCUGUUCUGUCUGCAGUUAUCAUCAGCAAAACAUGUCCUUUUUAUUUUAAAUAUUUUUUACUGUUUGCUGUAUAAUUUGUUAAAUGUUUACCACUAAUCUGGAUUUUGAAGUUUGGCAGGAAAGAUCAGGACAAUAGCAGAGUUACCCACCAUCAAACAUUGAAAAAUCUCAUCUGUUUGGCUUAGGAUCUUUUUUUUUCCCCCCCUAACACCAUUGCAGCCACUCCUCACUUUGUACAAAAGAGACGCCAUGUUUUUCUCUGGUCCAUUUAAGUCAGACGAUCAGCGCUCAAAUCUCACAGAGCAUUAAAUACUUUGAACACAGCCCAGAAACAACAUCCAAGCCCCUUAAUCUGACAUCCCACCCGACGCCUAUCAGAUCAGAGGUGGAAGAAAAUAUGUGUUGGUCUCUCUCUCUCACACACACACAAAAACACACACACACACUCAGAGCAGUAACUCUCUACUGUUCACCCCACAGUCAUCCUUCACUCACACUCUCACAGGACAUCAAACAUUAUUCAACAUUUAACAUUCAUCUUUCAUGUUCUUGUUUGUUUUGUUUUUCUUUUUCAUUUGUACUCCCCAAAUUUCAAUUUAGCAAUGGUUGUGUGGACGCCGGGUUGAAAAUGACUAGAUUUGAGCAUUUUUAACUAAAUUUCUGAAGGGGAAUCUUAACAUUCCAGUGUACAAUUAGAAAAGAAGAAUCUUUAAUGGAAUAAAAAUGUAUUAUUGAAAAUGUAA